AAGCCGCAUAGUCUAUAAGUAUGUGAUAUCCUCCAAUCUCUAUUACGCAGUACAAAUAGCAAACAUAGAUCUGGAUGCAUCAAAUUCAAGCUCAAUUGACGCAUAACCGAAAGAAUGGAUAAGAAAGUAUCGUCAACCAAGCCAUGACGGUACAAAAGUACCUUGUGAGGAGUAUGUACUUCCUCACAGACACAGAUACAUUAUCGCCACAAACAUUCUUCAACAAGCUGUUACUGUGCCACAACUGAUGGGUCAGAUUGAUCCUCUAUCAUUGGCCUUACAUGUUGAGACAUCGAUGCGGACUCCUCAUCUUUCGCGGAACCAGAAUCCUGGGAAGGGGAGAAUCAGAAAAAAAGAGUUUGCUAUGAUCAGCGGGACACAUCCGGACGAAUCAGAUGCAUAAUAGACCCCGCCACAGGUAGGGAUAGUGCGUUAUUGUCAAUCAUCCAUGUGUCUCCUCGCGUCUGGAUACAUAUCCACUAUGAAGCCACAAUCCACUCCCAUGCAGCCUGUCGGUCAUCGAUUGAUAGGUUAUCCACCGGAUCGACAUGAAGAUUGUGUCCGACGUAUUACCGAGCGAAGCCGUGGAGUUGUCUCCUUCCUACCCUGUCGGCAAUAUGUAUGCAACCUGUCUGUAUGUAAGGGGGGAAGCAUUCCAGUCUCCAGAGCUGCAGAUGCACGAUUAUCAUCGAUCGAUACAGCGACGCCACUCCUCAGGGCCCAAGGGUUGGUGUCCAGCAUUCGGGUCUUGCAACUUUCUUGUAUAUAUUCCGAUUAUUUGUGGCUGGGUGUGGUGUGGUUGUAGUACUUUGGCUUGUACAGUACUUUUAUCAUCUGUUUCCCACCCACCCACUCACCACACCCCCGACUGCCACACAUGCCUUGGGUCACCUCAUCAAACCCCAUCACAAACAUGCCCAAUGACCAGUACUACACAGUGCUCUAUCAGAACUGGGAUAUCGCUGAUGGACGGUUCUGGAUCGCAUGGUACCGGGACUAUGGAAACGGUCGCGCGGGUGGUUUGGAUCUAAAUCAAUGGGGUUCAUCAUGGCAUUACCGCAACCAUUUGCCUCGUUGGGUAAGAACUGCGAUGGACGGGCUGAUAGUACCCAAUAGUCAGGGUCAAACGUCCGAGGUGAUAAAAAAAGAGGUUGAAGACGGAAAGUUUUGAAUAUCCUACGGAGUAGACAGGCGAAGUAAGUUCUGGCCCGAGACGGGGAAGAGGAACUGAGGUUCCAGAAUGGCGGGUGGAUGCGUUAGCUUCCUUCGUCCUGGACUUGCCUGGUAGAGACAGC